CGCAUUAUAUUUACAUCCUGUGUCACAGGUCAUGCUGUGUUGUCAAACAUGGCUGCUCAUGACCACUUGUCUCUUUGCCUGUGCGACUUAAUCAGGUUGUUAUGGACGCUGCUGCUGCCAUGUCUGUAUCUAUGCCUGUUGCUGACUGUGAUCCUGGUCCUCCUGGUUAUGGGAGUCAGGAUGUGGCUACAGCGGGCCAGGAGUGCACGGCGGGCCCGAGAGCAGUGCCCCGCGGUGGCGUUCUUUCACCCAUACUGCAACGCCGGGGGCGGCGGGGAGAGGGUGCUAUGGUGCGCCCUCAGGGCACUGCAGAAUAGGUACCAGGACGUGUCCUUUGUGGUGUAUACCGGUGACCAGGGUGUGACGGGGGAGCAGAUACUAGAAGGAGCGCAGCGCAGGUUCGACAUCCGGCUCCCGAGGCCGGUGAGGUUCGUGUUCCUGAAACACCGCCUCCUGGUGGAGGCUGCCGUCUACCCCCACUUCACGCUGCUGGGCCAGAGCGUGGGCUCCGUCUUCCUGGGCUGGGAGGCGCUCACAGAGUUCGUCCCCGACGUCUACCUGGACUCCAUGGGCUACGCCUUCACCCUCCCGCUCUUUCGCUACCUGGGCGGGUGCCGGGUGGGCAGCUACGUGCACUACCCCACCGUCAGCACCGACAUGCUGGCCGUGGUGCGCGAGCGCAACCCCCGCUUCAACCACGCCGACUUCAUCUCCAGCAACCCGGUGCUGAGCGCGCUGAAGGUGGUGUACUACUGCGCCUUCGCGCUGAUGUACGGCCUGGCGGGCUCCUGCAGCCACGUUGCCAUGGUGAACUCCAGCUGGACGCUGGGCCACAUCCUGGCGCUGUGGCGCGCGCCCGGUCGCACCUGCGUGGUGUACCCGCCCUGCGACGUGCACUCCUUCCUGGACGUCCCCCUGGAGGAGGACGGCGACAGGAAGUCCCACCGCCUGGUCUCCGUGGCCCAGUUCCGCCCGGAGAAGGACCACCGCUUGCAGAUCCGCUCCUUCCGGAAGCUUCUGGACCGGACUAGGACCGUGCGCGAGGCGCUGACGCUGGUGCUGAUAGGCGGCUGCAGGAACGAGGAGGACGAGGAGCGCGUGCUGAUGCUCAGGGGGUUGUGCCUGGAGCUGGGCUUGGCAGAUAGAGUGGAGUUCAAGCUCAAUAUCCCGUUCGAGGAGCUGAAGAGGGAGCUGACCGGCGCCACCAUAGGGCUCCACACUAUGUGGAACGAGCAUUUUGGAAUCGGAGUGGUGGAGUGCAUGGCUGCUGGAGCGGUCAUACUGGCCCACAAGUCUGGAGGUCCGAAGCUGGAUAUCAUCAUCCCGCACGACGGGCAGCCCACAGGGUUUCUGGCGGACGAUGAGGACAGCUAUGCUGAUGCCAUGGAGAGGAUCCUGGGGCUGACCCCCGCCUCCCGCCUGGAGAUCCGCCGCAACGCCCGCCUGUCCGUCGCCCGGUUCUCCGACCAGGAGUUUGAGGCCUCCUUCCUGGCAGCCACUGAGCCCCUGAUGAGCGACCUGGAACGAUGAGGGGGGGUGGGUGAGACCCCCUGUCUUCCAAUGCACUUUACCACCUCCUUCCCUUAGUUUCCUUUAAAAGAACGUCCAGUAGAAGCUGGUCAGUUCCAGUGUGUAUUCUGUGUGCAAUCUCACACCAUAGUGUGUCAGAUAAACUCGAGACAUAUCCAUUUGCUGACCUUGCAAAAAAAAUACAAAAAAACAACACACAUCUGUCUCGGGUCUGCUUAUUCAUCGGCCAUUGGAAGUGCUGUCUGUAUGCUUUUUGUUUUUUAAGCAUCAAGUUUCCUACAAAAAAAAGGAACUGUAUGGAUUUUUCGAGCAGAGAUUCCCGUACUGUGGGUUGUAAGAGGGGUAGUCUUUGGUUGAUGCAUAAUUGGGGAAAACAAUUAUUGUAUAUAAUACUUUCCAUUGGUAUUCCAACCUGUCAAAUCUAAUACCCCAAAUGCAUGCACUACAUCAGUUACAAUGUAGUUGCUUUGACAUUGAAAAUCUUCAUUCCAUAUCAUUGUGCUGUAUUUGAAUAAUGAGUGGGUCACUGAUGAAUUGUAUUGUUGUUCACAGGCUCUGACAGGUUGGGAACCUGCUAUUGGUUAUGAGUGUGUUGUCCUGAUAGUUUGUUUUGGUCAAUAUUUGGUGUUCUAUACACCAAGUCCACCACUCAUUCUGAAUGUACAGUUUGAAUGUAGAAAGCCAUGUUUUUUCCUUUUCAAUAAAUGUUUUAUUUGUGAUGUCUGGAAUAAUCACUGGAAUAAAAAUUUAUUAAACUUGGUUUGUACA